UGUAGUGAUCUUGUAGUAUCAGUGUUGUUGUGUAUGCCCAGUUUUUAGCAUUGCCCUCCAGUAAUGUUAGGGUUUGUUCUGUGGGAGCUGCUGGUUUUAUUAUUGAUGCCAGGUUGUUAGUUAGCCUAGCUAUGGUUGGUGGAAGAGUAUCUCCUGACACAUUUUUCAGGUGGUGCACGGUUCGAAUAACUGUGUGAAUUGCGCGAACCUUCACCCCAAAGUCUGGGUCCUGUGUAAUGUGUCCCUGUGUGUGCCUGUUGUUGUUUGUAACAUUAUUGUCAUUGGUAGAUACAGAUACAUGUGUGCUUUUUGUGUUGGUGUGGUGCUGUGUCGUGUUGAUUUUGUGCCUUUGGUUGUUUUUGUGUGGAAGUGUAUGCUCCUUUGGGACCUACCUUGGAAGAGUGUUGGCUUGUAGCCCUGUUCUCUUACCUGGUCUGUCCUCGCAGCAUUGCUUCUUGGUCCAUGUGUCCUGGUCACCGAAGCAUAACUGCGCCUUCGAGGGUAGGAGAAGUCCCGGCGGUGCUGGGGUGCGUUGUCCCUCCAAGACGUGUGGCUAACAUUAAUUUGUUGGCCCCGUCUGUAGGUAACUGUAGACCAGUUGUCUUCCUGUGCCCGCCUGUACAUUGUGGAGCUGUGUUGAUUUGAGCCCCUUUUGGUGGAAAAAGUUUAGAAAAAGGAACGCGUGGGUGGAAUAAGCUUUAAAAAAGUUGCCUUUUCAGGGGAGAGCGCGAACGCAGUCUCCCACUAUCAGAAAUUAUGCAGUCGAGAUUCCCACAUUUGGGGAAUUCAGCGCCCAGGUCCACAGUAGUGCAAAUCUGUGGACUAAUGACCAAUCGACACUCCCCUCCCUGUUGCCCGGCGCCCCCCCCCCCCUACUAGCGUCCCGGUGUGAGCAGGCGCAGAAUCACCUGAAGAUGGCCAGUCCUCCCGUUGUUCGUGUAGUGAACCCAGAAGCCCCUCUGCACCGUCAGCAGGCAGUCCUGGUAGCAUCUAAAGAGGCCUGGACUUUUCGUGAGAGAAGGCUGACUUUUCCACGACCUCCACAGGAACUUCUGAUCCAGGCCACUGCCCUGGCCUAUGCAGAGAAGCUCCUAAGAGCAGAAGGCAUCCCUGCACCAUCACAGCAGCAGUGCCUGGGGAAACUGGUGCUGCCUUUUGGCCAGUACCUUAAUGCCACUUUCCGCUGGCUUGUGGAAAAUGAUGUGGGCUACAUGAAAUACAUACUUGACAAGCACAGGACAGAGAUGGCAUGUUCACAGCGAAAGACAGAGGCAGUAAACCAGUGGGUGAAGGACUACCUGACAGCGUACGCAGAGAGCUUCCCUCAAGUCUCCACUGUUCUGGAGGCCAACAUAGAUCGAUAGAUCGGUGUAUCUAUGGCCAGAGAGGCUUUGAGGAUCGUACCUUUCAGGAGAUGUGGGAACUUUACUGCCAGUACUCCGCCCAGAAAGACAGGCCUGAACGGUUCUCGGAGGCUGACAAGAAUAUAAUUGUGAAGGCACAAAGUUCUGUGAGGAGGUGGCUGAACACACCCUUAACUCACAUUACAAGCGUGCAAAUGAAGCGUUUCAAGAAAUACAUCACUGACAAACAGAAAGAGCAACAGCAAAGAAAACCCAAAUUUGAUUCAGAAUGGUCAGGUGAUGAAGCACAACUGCUAGCUGAAAGCCAACGCCUGGAAGAAAUUGUCACAUCACAGGUUUCCCACUCUACAGAAGAGCUACACCAGCCCGAGACUGCCCCCAAGAAGCGCGCCCACUCUCCUGCUAAGACACACCAGCCCAAGACUGCCCCCAAGAAAUGCGCCCACUCUCCUGCCAAGACACACCAGCCCAAGACUGCCCCCAAGAAAUGCGCCCACUCUCCUGCUAAGACACACCAGCCCAAGACUGCCCCCAAGAAGCGCGCCCACUCUCCUGCCAAGACACACCAGACCAAGACUGCUGCGCAGUCAAAACAUCACAAACACCACAGGGCUGCUGUCCGGCCACAACAGCAGAGUUCCACAAACCAGCCCACACAGUCUCUGUCCACGUCCCAGGGUCAGGAUCAUCACAUGAAAUCGGCUCUCACUGAUUCCUCUGUGGAGUUAGAAGGUUGGGUGCGUUCGUGGGAAAACCCCAAUGGCAUCCCAUCUGCUGACCUGUCCUGGAUCAAAGAGGACACUGAAAGAGGGCUCUUUGGCCCUAUUCAAACCUACAAGGGCAACACUGGUGUGUUGAAGAGGCGACGGGUAAUGAAGUUAGAUCGCAUGUGGUUUUACCCACCAGAACCUCCAGGAUAUGCUACUGGUGGCGUGCCAACUCCACAUCUAUUUUUCCGGAGCCGUGUCUUUGUGUGGCGUCCUGUUGGGGUGUGGCGGUGCUCUCUGAAGUGUCCUCGGGGUGAUAAGUGUGUGGGUGCAGGACAGAGUGUGCAUCUGUACAGGUCCGGCUACCACCACCGGGUACGUCACAUCUGUGAUGUUUCGGGUUGGUACACUAUGAUCACGGAGGUCCUGUGCUGUGGACCAUGCACAAAGGCAGCCAGGAGUGGAGAAGGUGGAACAGUGGCUCGGUGGCUUGCGUGGGACACUGAGAUCUUGUCACAACUUAGCGAGGCCCACCAAGCUAUGUUCCCUGCCAUCCUCACCAGCAAGCGUGGUGUGGAUAGGAAUGUUGUGCGGCUUCUGAGGGACCGGACCGAGGGGAACACUAUGGUCAAAGUGAGGCGGCAGAUACAGGGGAACCACAUGGAGGAGUACCUUCAUCAUAAGGACCUUUACACCGCACUCCUCAAGUCUCUAAUGAAACCUGGAGGAAUUGUGUAUCAGUUGGCCCGAGUGAUUGAGUGA